AUGCGUAAUCAACAAGAAUAUCAAUACGGCACAAAUUACUUUGCACAGAAUAUCAAUCACGAAGACGAAUACACCAAUCCGGGACAUCAGAGUAACAACGUCGACAACAAUGACGAAAAUGACUGUGACAAUGAGAAUGAUGACGAAAAUGAUAGUGACGAUAUAACGACGAUGAUGAGAACGAUGAUAAAAAUUGUGAUGAUAAUAAAAAUGAAGAUGAUGACGGCAAUGACGGCGAUGAAGGAUAACGACAACGACGACAUCGACGAUGAGCAAAUUGAACAGGAAGAGGAUGAUGAGGACGACGAGGACGAUGGCAACGGCAACUGUGUUAAUAUCGGCGAAUAA